AUGGCGUGUGGACGUGCAAACGGGGGAGAGGUCGAGGGAACGUACAAGGGAAACGAGAGAGCGCAUCCCCCAAGCCAGAGGAGCGUCGCCAGCGCCACGACGUGCCAGAGAAAGUUCCCAACAUUUCGCUCACGACACAACCCCAUCGUCGAAGCGCCACCACACCCGUUCUCCAUCUCCAAAACCCUCUUCAAAACGCGUGAACCGGCAGCCGAGUCGCAGUAG